AUGUGCUCAAACGGAGCCAACACACGCGAGGUCAGAUGGUUGACGGCAAUGUCGAUCCCGAGACACGUGUUGCUAGGACUGGACAUCCAGUCGGCCAAGACCUGGGCUUUCUGCUCGUCCAGGUUCGUGGAUGCUAGACCCAGUCUCUUGGUCUUCAAACGCAGUCCGUUGUUCACCAGGUGUUUGAACUGGUCAAUUGUGAGUUUGCAACCAUUGAUCACCAGCUCCUCAAUUCCACCCUUGAUGAUCAAACUUUGGGAAUUUGCAGAUGUACUUCCAGCCUUGUUGAUCAAAUGCAACGUUUCUGAAAGAGAGCUUUUCCAGCGUGGUGGACCGCGACAAACUGAUGAGCACGAUCUUGAUCAUGGUGUUGUCAAGGUACACGUUAUCGAAGAUCACGGAUCUUCAGGGAAGUCCUGCAGAGCAAAGUUGACACGCUUGAACGGCAUACGCUCGAACUGCUGCUUCACGUCGUCGACGCUCGACACAGAGUCCGACCGUUCUGCCACAGACGCGCGUCUUGAUCUGGGGCCGUCCGACUUCCUGGACGACACAGAGCUGCGGUCGCCGCUUACGCAGUCCACAACCACCGAUUCGGGCACGGUGGGCGGAACAGGGUCGUGGGGCGAGGCUUGCGACGAUUGCGACUUGAACUUGGACGAAAUCGACGAAAACAGAGACUGUCUUCUUUGA